AUGCUGGUUAUGUGCCACAUUUUAAAACACCUUACCACUGCUGAAACCGAUGAUGAAACCGAUUCUGAAACCGUUUCAGUGUCGUCGUUGGCCAGCCCCGGGUUUACCGAAAUUGACGUCAGCGCUACCGUCACCAUGCUCGCGUGGGAUCUCGGCGUGGCUGUGAGCCAGUUGGGUAUCGAUGACGUCAUCGCGGGCCCGUGGGUCUACUCCGCCACUUCUCAUCUUCGACCUCAGCUUAUGACGUCAUUGCUGGUAACCGCGGCGGCGACAUCGUAUGUCAUUGCCGAUCACGAGGUGUUUAUCGAACUUUGUCGAUUAUGUGAAACCAAUGAUGAAACAACCACCUUGGUUUACCACCCAAAAGCUGAUGAUUUAAACCAGGGACAGGUUUAUGGUAGUGCAAUUUCCGCAGCUCAGCACCACCCUUCGCUUACAUUUUGUGGACCCAGUGUCGCUGAAACUGAAACCACCACCCCUGUUUCACUAUCGGAGUUCGGAACAUUAAACCGGCUCUGCCACAGCGUCAGCGACCCCAGUUUGCGCCAAGAACUUCAAAUGAUGGUGUGUCUCCACAAAAAAGUGGCGAUGACCGCUGCCGACAUGGCCCAGUGGAUUAAUGUUCGGAUUAAUAAGGAUAACGUGACCAGCCACCCCGCCGACACUGAAACCACUCGUGACACCAACUCUGGAACGACUACGAUAACUGAACCCGAGUUUAAGCUUACCGAGCUUGAUGUCGAUAACGAUAAGCGGAUGUGGUCGAUGAUGCUGGCCGCCCUCGACACUUUAACCGUGUAA